GCUAAAAGCUUUUUGUUGUGGCAUUGGAGCAAGAGAGCGAGAGAGGAAGUGAAAGAGAGGGAGUGGUUAAGAGAGGGGGAGGGAGGGAGAAAGAGGGGCCUCCUCCUAGUUGCUAGGGCAACUUGACAUCACAGUGACGAUUUCCUCCAUUUAAAAGCUUUUAACCGGAUCCCUCUCCUGCCCUAGGCCCCAUUUUGAGUCCUCUUUCAGCUAAGCUCGGGGGAAGGGCACAGCACAGGCAGAGCGGUGUGUGACUGUUUGCAACCACAUUCCACUGACAGCAUAAGAAAUAAUGCUAAACAGCAGAGAAGGGCUUUCAAACUAAACCGUUUUUGGGGCCUAUUUUUGUUUACAAAACCAAAACAGGAAGAGAGUGCUUUUGAGAGGGCUUUCAAAAUGGCUGCCGAGGAGAGUUUUAGUUACCUCAUUCCGGGCCACAGCGAGAAGCACAGAAGGGCCCGAAACUGGACCGAUGCAGAGAUGAAGGGGCUUCUGUAUGUAUGGGAACAGAAUGUCGCCGAGCUGAAGAAAUGUAAGAGGAACGCCAAGAUCUACGAGAAGAUGGCCCAGAGGUUCUUCGAGCUCACUGGAGAACAACGCCAUCGGGAGGAGAUAAAGAUGAAAAUCACCAACAUGUCUUUCCAGUACAGGCAAGUGAAAAUGAAGUGCACAACCAAUGGGAGCGGUGGGACACCCGACUGGCCGUACUACAAAGCAAUAGAGAAGCUCCUCACCAAGACUGACGAUAAUGGGACUAUGAACCCGUUUGAGCUCCAGUCUCCUGGCCCCUCCACCUCCACAGAGGCCUCGAUGUCCCAUGCAGAGGGCCUCCCCACGGGCUUCCUUCCGGAGUACACAGGCUCCUCGGACGAGAUGGAGAUGAGGGAGGACCUGGAUGGAUGGGAGAGCUCUGGCAGCCUGCACUCUGGACUUCCCUGUCCUGAUUCCCACCCGGCGCCGGCCAAGAGGAAGAAGGUGCACCAGCACCUGUCUCUGAAGCGGCGGAAGCUGAAGGUGAUGGAGGCCAUGCUGCAGGAGCAGCGAAAGGUGAGCCGGGCAGUGGAGGAGACGUGCCGCGAGGUGCGCCGCGUCAUGCACCAGCAGAACUUCCUCCAGGUGCAGAGCCUGCAGCUCCAGGAGCGCAUGAUGAACCUGCUGGAGAAGAUGAUCCAGCCACUGACGGCCCCCACGCCAGCCUGGGGUGCUGCUGCCCAGCCUGGGGUCAAAGAGCCAGGCCAGGGAUGAAGGGUCCAGUGUGAGGGAUCAAGGAGGGUGGUGGUAGUGGUCAGGACUCCCUAAAAACACGCCACUUCGAUACAAGGGACUUUUCGUAGCAGGUUAGGUGAGCAUUUCUGCUGACCCUAAAACCUAACCCUUUCCCCAAUCUUAACCUAAUUCUCCUAACCUGCUACAUUAAUUCUCCUAACCUGCUGCGUAAGUUCUCCAAAUCUGCUACGAAAAGUCGUAGCUAUAUCGAAAUUGCGUCCCUGUGGUGCUCACUAUAUGGCUAUGCUAGAAAAUAAAUGCCAUAUGCUACAUGGCUAUGUGUUAUAUGCUACAUGGCUAUGUGUUAUAUGCUACAUGGCUAUGUGUUAUAUGCUAUAAUAUGGCUAUGCUUCAUCUGGUAUAUGGCACUUUUUAACAACUGAUUGAGAGUAAAUAAUGUAAAUCUCACCCUAACCUUACCCCUGACCUGAAUGCUCACUGGCAGAGAGAGGAAAAAAGCAACUUGCUCAUCAAAAGGCCGGUUUCGUCCUUUCUAGCAUGGCCAUCUAGUGGUUGCUGUGAGAGAGUGAGAGGUCAGGGGUGAGGGUUCAGAGGUGUAUGGCUGAGGCUGCUUUAAGAUAAGUUCCACCAUUCAUUGACCGAUUUGAGAGAUAUCUACAAGCUAGGAAAAUAGUGUGCUAAUUCACAAAAGACAACAUUUGUCCACAAAUUCUAAAUCUUAAUGACAAAAGGCAUGGGCAUUUGGUGUUGUAUCACUUAUUUUCUAAUGUGUGUCCUGCUAUGGUGUAUGUAUCUUCCAACUAGCAUAGCCUACUUGUUUGAAAUGUAUGACUGAAAUAAAAACAUAUGUUCUGUUGUCA